CGCCCAGCGGUACCGACGGCACCGACGGCCGAGGUUCCCCAGUACCGUGACCGCCACCGCCCGCCCGCCGGCACCAGGGCCCAAGGGCACCAUGACCCUGCUCAAGCUGUCCCUCAUGGCCUUCAGCUUCGUCUUCUGGGCAGCGGGACUGACCAUGCUCAUCAUCGGCCUCUGGGCCAAGGUGUCUCUGGGCAGCUACCUGGCGCUCUCGGCCAGCGACUAUCCCAGCGCCCCCGCCAUCCUCUUAGCCACCGGCGCCGCCGUCAUCAUCUGGGGCUUCCUGGGAUGCUUCGGCGCCGCCACGGAGCACCGGGGGCUCCUGCGCGCCUACAGCGCGUUCCUGACGGCCGUGCUGGCGGCCGGGCUGGCGGCCGGGCUCUCCGCGCUGCUGUACCGCCAGACCCUGGCGCACGGCUUCCAGGAGGGGCUGCGCCAGGCUCUGUUGGCAUACGGGGAGGACGAGCGGGUGGCGGACGCCCUGGACGCGCUGCAGCGCGCCUUGUCCUGCUGCGGGGUGCAGAGCUACCGCGACUGGCUCGCCUCGCCCUGGGGACUGGAGCAGAACGGGUCGGUGCCGCUCAGUUGCUGCAGGGCCCGCCGGGGCUGCCAGCGCAGCCCGCCCGACGCUCGCAGGCUGCACCGCGACGGCUGCUUCGCCAAGGUGUCGGCCUUCGUCGGCAGCAACAUGUCUUAUGUUGCCACCGCUGCCCUGGGACUGGCACUGCUGCAGCUCAUCGGCAUUGUGCUGGCCUGCUUGCUGGCUGCCCGCGUUCCUGCUGGCCUGCUGGGCACCACCACCCCUCGCUGAGGUCCCCCCACUCCUGUCCCUUGUCCUCUCCAGCUCCCUUCUUUCCCCCAGAACUGAGCGCACCCCACUGGGAAAAUCCUCCCUUCAUAUACACCACUUACACCUGAGCAUCCUCCUCCAGGCUCCAUUUCUCCUCUGGAGCCCGUGUCAGGUGUGUGUCAAUGCUACGGGCAUCUCCACAGCCCUUCAGAAGGGAAGGUGCUGGGAAGGCAUCUCCUGACCUGACCAUGUCCCAGUGCUCCCAUGGAGCCUCACGAUUUUUUCUGCAGAGAGUGGUGGCAGCAUGGACAGACAGGGCUCUGGGGCAGCAGGGACACCUGGGGCAAGGCUGACUGGUUUUCUGGGUGAUGUAAAUACCCAAGACACUGAAAUGUGGGGCAGGAAAGAGGAGAGGGUGUGGGAGAGCAAGAGAGGUCUCUCAACAUUACACCAUAUGAGUAUUCCUUGGAGACUGGAAAAUGGUGUUACUGGAGUGCACGAGGGGCAGGUCUGGUCCAGGGGCACCCAGGUAGCCAUGCCAGAAGCUGACACUGGGAGCUGCUUGAGGGACCGUCCAGCGUCGUGCACCCCAUUGCCGCCAAGAUUUUCCACCAUUGCUGUGAGCGGAUUCAAGCUGCCACGGGUGCUUUUCCUGCUGUGGUGUUUCCAAUGCUGAUCUCGAUCUAAAGGUGGAGCUGCAGCUCUGUUACUCCCUCCUUCAGGAUGUGCCUGUCCUCUUAGCCAGUACGUCGCCGACUAUGUCUUUGCAGGGCUGCAAAGACCGUAAACGCGGGUCCUUGUCAUUCAAGGACGUGGCAAAAGCUGUAGGAUCAGAUUUAACGAGGGGUGGCAAGAGAAGGGAAGGGCUCGUUGCCCUUCAGAAGUUUCUUUUGGACUUUUGAAGUGAACUUCAGGCACAAAGACAUGCCCCUCUUACCCAGCAAACUGGGGAGGAAGAAUUUCAGAAAAGAGCCAGGAACCACAAAGGAACUCCAGGAUGUGGCAUCUCUUAGAAAUGUGACUAGCAAAGCUGUGGAGAAUGGUCAAAUGCCAACAAAUACAAGCAGGGAAAGAAAUCUUGAGUGAAAAAGAUGAGUAUUAGCUUCAUGGGAAGAAUGGUAUAACCUUGGGGGAAAGGGGAUUAACAUCGUCCCUUUUUUCAGAUAUUAGGUGGCUGUUUAGCUGUGAAAAUCACAUUCCAGAUAAAGAGUGCAAUGCGAACAGCCUUCUCAGUCAUUUGGGUAUUCAUCUGCACAAGUGAACCCUGGAAAUUUGUUGAAAAUCUCUCUUUAUAGAGAAAACAAAACUUCAUUUUUAGGAUUGAUGUUUAUUGUUUAUAAUUUACAUAAUAUAUUUUUUCAUUUUUUUUGUAAAUGUCCCUAUAUUUUUUUUAAUUAUGCACUAGUGGAACUCCUGUUAUUUUCUGGAAGUCAUCAUUAUGUUGUACAAUUUUAACAAUGGACAAAAAGUAUAGUUUGUAUAGGUACUUGAGAAAUGAAGUUUAGCAAAUGCUAAGAGCAAAAUAAGUCACUGUUUCAACUCCAAUAAAGUAUUUACAUUUCUGUGUGUCUCCACAUGGUUCAACUAAGUGCAAAUGAAAUGAAGUGUGCAUUGAAAUGUAAAGACAGUAGAACGUUGUAGUUUUUGUUUUUGUUUUUUCCAGAAAUCCAUUAUAGAAGCAAUAAAACAGGUGUUGUGGGGAGUAUGGGAAAGGAACAUGGAAUUGCACUGGGUUUAUUAAAAAAGUAUUCUUUAUUGGAGUCAAUAGGCUCUGAAAAUUUACAAGAAUGUGAUAUUGCUCUUUUUUUUCUCCACUGAUUACUAAAAUUAUUUCUGAUUUUGACCUUUAUUGCUUUGUAUGACAUGUAACAGUCAGUCAGAAUGAAGUACACUGUUAAAACAUAUUCAAGCAAAACCCUUGUGUAGAUAUGCAAUUCAGUGAAUUUGUUCAGGUUUUAAGUUGCUGAGAAUAUCAAAAUAGGAAUGAAACUAAGUUUCAAGCAUACAAUUGUAUGUCUAUAUGAUGGUCCAGUCUGAAUCUGAGGAUGUAAUGAAUAAUUAAAAAUGUAAACCAUCACUGCACUCUUGGCCUCACUGAAAUAGGAUAAACCUUGGCAGUGACAAUGUAAAUGCUAAGUAUACUUAUAUCACCAAAGACUUCAUGGACUGGCUGUGAGUGUUAGUUAAAUGUUUAUUGCCGGUUCCUGGAAUUAACAACAUUAACUUUUGUAGAUGUGUGAAAGAAGUGUCAUUCUUCUCUAAUUAAUUCCCAAAAUAAGAGAUUCCCAGUAGCUCUUUGAGUUGUCCUGAAUUCUUUGUACCCAGUGCCCAAAUCUUACUUUAAUUUUAAAAUUUAUCUAGAUUCAAUGUUAUUUUGUUCUGGAUGGUCAGAAUGACUGUAACUGGAAAAUGUUAGAGUGGACAGUGCUACCUACUGCUUGCUGGAAUAUGUAUUUGUUUUCUGUCAUCCUUUCAAAUUUAAAUUCUCUGAUCAAAAUGACAUAUUACACUAAAAGAUGAGUCCAUGUUUUAAGAAAAGCUAAUAUCAAUUUUAACAUUGCUGGUUAUUCAAAUUAAGUAUAGGAGCAAGCUGUGUUGCAGUUGUAGAAACAAUAGCUCUGUUGUUUGGACAAAGUGAGAUUUAGGAUUAGCAGAGUGGUAAGAUUAGACUCUUGUUAUGAAACAAGGACUAUUUUAUAACAUUGAUCUAGAAUGCCAAGAAUAUAAAUCUUUCAAACUUCAAAAGUGGUUGACAUUUUGUCCAACGCGAAUUAUUUACUGUAGCUGAAAUUCGUGUUACAGAUAAUCAGAACUUAAAAUGGCCUCUAUAACUGAUUGUGAAUUUUUAGAUAAGAGAUGGCUUUCCUGGAGUUAGAAAACUUAAACAAUAACAGUAAGAUUGGGUAGGUCAGAGAAGAAAAAAGAUUACUUUUGUUAAAAUGUAGUUUUUGUGUUUAUGUAUUCAUCUUCUUUAAUGUUAUCUUCUUUCUUCUGAGGAAAAUACAAUCAUGUGCUAUCAUUAAGCAGCUGAUAUUGUAUAAAACUGUUGACAAGAAUAGUACUCAUCUAAGAUUUCCACAGAUAAAUUACAGUAAAGAUGCUCUUUUUCUUAAAUCCAAUAACCUACAGGAGAUUUUGAUAAAUCAGGUGGCAUAGGAACUGAGAAGGAAAUGCAGUGUUUUCCCAGUUGAAUGUUUUGGGUUCCAAUAAAAAGGCAUAUCUAUGGAAAAUCUGGGCACCUAAGAAGUCUUACCGCAGUCUUGUUCUGAAGCACCACAAAAUAUUGGUCAGGAACUUAAAAUAUAAGUCACACAAGUAACAGAAUUCAAUACUUUCUUUUAAUCUGAAAAGACUUUUGACCACUGUAGUUAAUACUUCAUUGGUCAUGCACCCAUUCUGCUCCAAAAUGGUAAAAAUACAUAUUUCUUCUCAGCUCUAUUUGAUUCAAACGCACAAAUUUCACUCUGUUC